AUGUCAACAGCGUCGAAAGUUGUAGGAAUCAAAAAGUCCUUGUCCAAACACGUACCACCGGAUGGUCUUGGAGACGAGGAUAUUGAACACUGUCAAGAUUGUUUCAAGAAGCUCGACGAUUGUGACAUGACUCUAAAUGUCUUGACAUCUACCUUGAUCGGAACGGUUGUUUCCAAAUUCAAAAAGCACGAAAAGUUGGGACCGACUGCCAAGGCUUUGGUGAAAAAGUGGAAGAAAGUGGCCGCAGGAGACAACUCAUCAGGUCCUUCGACUUCGGCCGUUGCCGCCAAGAAGAAGGUGGCUGCAAAGCAGGCCGCAGUGAAACGGCGAAAUAGUGGUGAAGAUGUGCCGAUUCCAGACCGAGCCAAGGAAGAGUGGGACGGAUUGGCGGAACACCGUCGAACUAUUUGCUCCAAGUUAUAUUCCUUCUUGACUCACGGAAAGUCUUCCUUAAUUAAGGAUGGUAUCAACGAAGAGGCUGCCGGUUCUCUUCAGAUUGAUCGUAGUACCGAGGUUGAAGCUGCCAUCCAAAAAUUACACGCCAAUGACAAGGGAGAGUAUGCUAGCAAGGCACGAUCACUAUGUUUCAAUAUCAAGAAAAAUGUUCCAUUGGCGUGUCAAAUACUGUUGGGCCAAAUUCCAGCUGAGAAUUUAGUAAAGAUGAAUAGUGACGAUCUUGCCAGCGAGGAGCAGCGUGCUGAAAUGGCCAAACGUGCCAAGAAAUCAACUGAUUCUAAGCGCCUAGAUUGGGAUAGGGCGAAUGAAGACAAGAUCAAUGAAAUGUGUGGAAUCACAGGAGACUUGCUCAAAGCCAGUUUGUUCACCUGUGGUAGGUGCAAGAGUGUCAAAACGACUAGUACACAGAAGCAGACUCGGUCGGCUGAUGAGCCUAUGACAGUCUUUGUGCUCUGUCUGAAUUGCGGAAAUCGCUGGAAGUGUUAA